ACCUAUGCGAUUCCGACACCACUUGUGCCCACACACGGUCCUGCAUCCCACGCUACCAGCCCACCCGAGUGCGAUCUACACGUCCGCCGAAGUCUGACAGUCCGUGUAAGCGACUACAGUCUACAGGGAACGGGAAUUGGCGAAGGGUGGCCAUCCGGUACGAGAGACGUCUAGUCUUAUACCACCAGUAUAAUAAGGCACCGAACUACCAGUGCUGCUCGGGGCCUCGCUCGUUACAAUGCAAGCCGAAACGGUUGGCGAUCUGUGUCACCAUGAAGUUCUCACUCCUUGCCCUCUUUGGAGCAGUCUCUCUUGCUACGGCAACACUCCUCGUCGUUAGUGAAGCAAAGCCACCAGCCUUCUUCCUCACCGGGGAUUCCACCACGGCCGUCAACGGUGGCUGGGGCGACGGUCUCGUCGCCACUCUUCGAAAUGGCGCCAUGGGACGGAACAAGGGACACAGUGGUGCCACAACAGCGUCCUUUGUGGCCGGCCGCAACUGGACGACAGUGCUGAGCCUGGUUAACGACAACAAGGCCAAGUACGACUGCUACGUAACUAUCCAGUUCGGGCAUAACGACCAGAAAUCCACCUCGGGCGUCAGCAUAACGCAGUUCCAGACCAACCUCCAGAACAUGGCCAACGAAGUCAAGUCAGCCGGUGGAACGCCCAUCAUCUUGACAUCGCUCACGCGGCGCACCUUCACCAGUGGCAUUCUAGACGACAGCCUAGCCAACGUGGCCGAAGCAGCCAAGAAGGCGGCCACAGCUGUCGGUGCCACUCUGCUCGACCUCAACGCUGCAUCGAGGAAGUAUAUUCAGGCCAUCGGCUCCUCCAACGCCGACAAGUACAACCUAGCACAGGGCGACCGCACCCACCUCAACGAACAUGGCACCAUCGUCUUUGGCCGCAUGGUCGCUGACCUCAUUGUGGGCUGGAGGCUGGCGCUGUCCGCUUACAUCACCCCCGAUACUGAGCUGUCUAAGAAGAUUCAGCAGGGGGUCUAUGCUUGAUUGGGAGGGGAAAGGGGAAGGCAUUUGGUCUCUACGAAACUGGGUGCAGUUCCCUAGAGAACUUCGGCUUAUACGAACAAUACCUUACUAAGACCCAGCGGCAUCUAAAUGACCUGAGUCUCCUGCCGGUACGUUCACGUGAGAUGGUGCAUGAGUCGGGAAGUCAGUGAGAUUCAAAGCCGAAAAUAGCACCUUAAAGCCCAAUGAUGCUAAAUCCC